AUGUAUAAAUUAAUUAUUGCAUUAUUAUUUUUAUAUGUUUAUAUAUUUGGUGAUAAUAUAGUAUUGGGAGGAGAACAAUGUAUUAGUUAUACAGACUCAAAAUCUGGAUUGACAGAAAAUUGUGGUACUGCAGCAGCCACACCAUGUCAAAGUAUUAGUCAAUCAAUUUUAUCAUGUGGUGGACAAUUUGAAAGCAUAACAAUGAAUAUUGAACCAGGUACAUAUUUGAUUAAUCAAGCAACAUUUGGAAAAGUGACCAACCAAUCUAUAACUCUUGUAAAUAAUAAUAAAGAAACCAAUGAUGUAAUUAUUGAUCUUUCAAAUGCUACUGAUUCAUUUAUUAGAAUUGAACCAUCAUCAAUCUAUGACACAAGUAUAGUUUCAUUCACUGGUAUUACAUUUCAAAAUGGUAAUAAACCAUAUGGACCAGUACUUUUCAAUAAUGGUACAUCAAAUAUACAAUUGGAAAUCAAUAAUUGUGUAUUCAAUAAUAAUAAUGCAACAAUUGGUGGUGGUUCAAUUGCAAUUGAUUCAACCGAUGGCGAAUCUGAUUACCCACCAGCCAACAGUGUAAUUAAUAUCAGUAAGACCACAUUUAAUAAUUCAACAUCUUCAAAAAUUUCCGGUGGUGUACUUUAUGCUUUUGAUUUAAAUGUUGUAAUUACAAUUGAUCAAUGUUCAUUUAGCAAUAUUAGAAACUCAGCAUCUGGUGGUAUUAUUUAUAUGAGAAAUGGUCUAUUGACAAUGACAAAUUCAAAAUUGGAUUCAAUUGCUUCUAAUGCAGCCUUCUUUUUAGCAUCUGAGUUCCUCACUACACCACAAUUCAAAUUUACAAAUGUAAAUUUCACAAAUGCUUUAGGUGGUAUUGGUUUUGCUUUCACAAAUUAUUUUACAAAGACUUAUUUCUUAAAUUGUAAUUUUGUAAACAAUUUAAAUACUGCUCCAAUCUUUGGUUUAAAUUCUGGUUUAAUUACAGUUGAUAGUUGCUUAUUUGCAAAUAAUAACAACCAAAAAUCACCAGGUUCUUCUGGUGGUGCUAUUUCACUCACUGCCACUGAAUGUUUAGUUAAAAACUCUAUAUUCACCAAUAACUUUGCCCAAAAUGGUGGUGCUAUCAAUAUAAAUUCUUCAAAUUAUGCUUUUCUCGAUACUCCAACUACAAUCAUUGGAUCUCAAUUCAUUAAUAAUACCGCAGCAGUUAGUGGUGGUGCAAUUGAUAUCUACUCAAGUAGUAUAACUAUUAACAGUACUAGCUUCAUUGGAAACUAUGCUAAACAAGAUGAUCAUGGUCCUUCAGUUUAUUGUACAAACUCUAAAAUUAACCUUUCAAGUACUACUUUUAAAAUUAAUGAAACCAAUACUGUAAAUUCUUUUGGUAUAGAUUGCUUACCAUCAGUUUCAUAUUUUUGUACUGUUAUUAAUCAAUCUAAAAAAUUACAAUGUGAAAAAGAUGAUUUCGAAAUCUCUAGUGAUAAUACAAACGGAUUAACAACUGGUCAAAAAGUUGGAAUUUCAUUUGGUGUCAUUGGUGGAUUUUUCUUAAUUGUUAUAGUUGCAGUUUUAGUUGUUAGAAAAGUUAAAAGAGAUAGACAAUAUAAACCAAUUGGUUUAUAA